AUGACAACGAGUACGAUAAAUCAUAAGUCACUGUUGGUAUUAUUGUUUAUAUUAGCCUCCUGGAUCACUUAUACAGUUUUCCAAAACUCCACAAAGUUAUGGACUGCACUCAAGUUGCCCAUCUCCCUCCAUCACUGGAAUGACAUCAUGAAGUCCUCACAUCCUGAAGCACCACUGAAUCCAGUAGUUUCACCAACUGAGACUGAGCUAAGAAUAAAGAAAAUCAUGGAAGAACUAAACCAGUUGGUCCCACCCAGACCCUUCACCCACAAGAACACUACCACCAGUGCCACACACAGCAGAGCCACCAUCCUCAACCCUCAAGAUACAUACUGCAAAGGGGAUCAGCUAGACAUCCUGCUGGAGGUGAGGGACCACUUAGGACGGAGGAAAAAAUAUGGUGGGGAUUUCCUGCGGGCCAGGAUGUCCUCCCCAACUCUUAAGGCAGGCGCUUCAGGAAAGGUGACAGACUUCAACAAUGGUACCUACCUUGUCAGCUUCACUCUGUUCUGGGAGGGCCAGGUCUCUCUCUCUCUUCUGCUCAUUCAUCCCAGUGAAGGAGUGUCGGCUCUCUGGAGGGCAAGAAACCAAGGCUAUGACAGGGUGAUCUUCACAGGCCAGUUUGCCAGUGGCACCUCCCAUGUCAAUACUGAUUGUGCUCUAGUUUUAAACUCAAGUGCUGAACUGUGCCGGUACCUGGAUGCUCAAGACCAAGAAGCCUUCUACUGCAUGAAGCCUCCACACGUGCCCUGUGCUGCACUCACUCACAUGCGUUCCAAAAACAAACAAGUUUCUUAUCUUAGCAAACAAGAAAGGAGCCUCUUUGAAAGGUCAAAUGUGGGUGUAGAGAUUAUGGACAACUUUGAUGCCAUUAGUGUCUCCAAAUGCAACAAAAAAACAGUUCCAAUGAAGAAGAAAUGCAAGUUUGGAAUGGCAUCCGCAAUCCCCAGUGGACAUGUCUGGAAAGACACAUGGAAUCCUGUCUCCUGUAGUUUGGCUCCAAUCGAAAUGAAAGAAUGCCUAAGGGGAAAAUUCAUAUAUCUAAUGGGAGAUUCCACGAUUCGCCAGUGGAUGGAAUACUUCAAAAGCAGUAUCAACACACUGAAGUCAGUGGAUCUGCAUGAAUUUGGAAAAUUUCAACACCAACUUGCUGUGGACUUGGAUAGGAAUAUCAACAUCCAGUGGCAAAAACAUGCUUACCCCUUGAUUGGAUCAUUGACUUAUUCAGUCAAAGAGAUUGAGUACCUCGCCCGGGUCAUUGACAGAACUGGAGGAGAAAAAAAUACUAUCAUUGUUAUUUCUCUGGGCCAGCAUUUCAGACCCUUUCCCAUUGAUAUUUUUAUCCGAAGGGCCCUCAAUGUCCACAAAGCUGUUCAGCGUCUUCUUCUGAGAAGCCCAGAUACUAUGGUAAUCAUCAAGGCAGAAAAUAUCAGAGAGAUGAACACUGACGUGGAGAGAUUUGGUGACUUUCAUGGUUACAUCCAAUAUCUUGCCAUAAAGGACAUUUUCAGGGAUCUCAAUGUGGGCGUCAUUGAUGCCUGGGACAUAACAAUUGCAUAUGGCACAAAUAAUGUCCACCCACCUCAAUCUGUAGUCAGAAAUCAGAUUAAUAUAUUGUUAAACUAUAUUUGCUAG